AUGCGGUAUUGCAACCGCUACCCGGCGGGCGAUGGCGAGUCGGAGUUCGCUGAGGAGGAGACGCAGCGGGAGCAGGCCAGGGCGUCGCUCGAGAGGUACUUGCACUACUACGAACGCUGGACGGAGCAUGGCGCAUCGAUGAGGAAGGCGCGGCAGGACCUGGACGCUCUGGAGGGCAGCGGGCUGGACGAGCUCGCCGACGCCAUCGGCGUGCCGCCGACGGAGCUGGGCUUCCUCCUGGAUGCGCACGCGCAGAUCGUCGAGGCGCGGCGGGUGCUGAGGUGGACGUACGCAUACGUGUACUACCUGCAACCGGAGCGCGACAGGGCCAAGCGCGAGCUGUGCGAGUACCUCCAGGGCGAGGCCGAGAGGUCGCUGGAGGUGCUUCACCUCUGCGCCGAGCGCAACUUCGUCUCUGCCACUAGGCACGCCGCCGUGAGGUUCGCGGAGUUCAGGCAGAAGCUCUGUAACCUGACACUUGUGACACGGAGCCACUUCAGCAAACUCGUGGAGGGGUUUGAAUCCGGCAUGGCCGAGGUCGUGUCGUGA